UCCCAGUUAUUUUCUAUUUCACUCCUAUUCUCACCCCUCUCGCGGCCCGUUCUCCAGACGCAGCAGCUCGGCUGGUCUACGCCUAUUCCCGGCCAACCACCCUAUCCCCCAGAGAGAAGAGAAAUAAUACGUGGGACACAACGAAAGAUAAAGUAUCCUAGCUUGUAGUUUAGAUUUAUCCAGGACAAUCAGAGCGGAUAUCCAUCGACACAGAAAGAAACCCCGCCUUUACUCGUCUCGUGGUCUCUCAACUUCUCCCACCUACUCUUUCUUUUUAUCUCAAUCCUUCUUUCUAUUAAAAUAGUUUUUGACUGGAUGGAAAGAUGUGGAUAAACGGCGGAAGUGGUCAGGUCGGACCCUAAUCUAAAACAACGACACACCCGGGCCGUCACGAGCGCAGCAGGCAGAUUAUAUUCAACAGGACGGAGCUAUACUUUCUCCGGUUGGACUGAUUUUCUGCUCACCCGUCGAACUUUCUGAAAAUUGCAUAUAGGCUACCGCUGUCUGUUCUGUGUGCUCUAACCCAAAGUCUCAUAUAUCGCCUUGGACCUCAGUGAGAGGGGAUUGGGACCAAAUAUGGUGUCCAGUCUGAGCGAGUGGUUCUGGAAUGAGCGGCUGUGGUUCCCUGAGGGGCUGGGUUGGGCUGACCUGGAGGACAAAGAUGGCCGUGUCUACGCCAAGGCCAGCGACCUCUGGGUGGUGCUACCCAUCGCCCUAGCCUUCCUCGUAAUACGACAGAUCUUCGAGAGGUUAGUGGCCACCCCACUGGCUGCUGUCAUGGGGGUGAAGGAGAAAGUUCGGCUCACAGUGUCACACAACCCCACACUGGAGUCAUUCUACUGUACCACAACCAAGAACCCCUCACAGAGUUCUAUAGACAGUCUGUGUAAGCAGACAGGUUGUUCAGAGAGACAGGUGCAGAGAUGGUUCAGGAGACGCAGGAACCAGGACCGACCCAGUCUACUGAAGAAGUUCAAAGAGGCCAGUUGGAGAUUCACCUUUUACCUUCUUGCUUUCAUUGCUGGCCUGGCUGCCCUCAUUGACAAACCCUGGCUGUAUGACUUUAAGGAGAUGUGGCAGGGCUUCCCUAUUCUGACUCUCCUGCCGUCUCAGUAUUGGUACUAUAUGAUAGAGCUGGGUUUCUACGUCUCUCUAGUCUUCAGUGUGGCGUCAGACGUCAAACGGAAAGACUUUAAGGAGCAGAUGGUUCACCAUAUGGCCACCAUCUUCCUCAUCAGUUUCUCCUGGUGUGUCAACUACAUCAGAGCGGGCACGCUCAUCAUGCUGCUGCACGACUCCUCCGACUAUUUACUGGAGUCCGCUAAGAUUUUCAUCUAUGCUGGAUGGAGAAACACCAGUAACUACGUCUUCUUCCUCUUCGCUGCCGUCUUCAUCUUCACUAGACUCUAUAUCUUCCCCUUCUACAUCAUUUAUUCUACGUACAUUUAUCCAAUGACUAUGUACUCUCCGUUCUUUGGAUACUACUUCCUGAAUUUCCUUAUGAUGGUGCUGCAGUGUCUCCAUAUCUUCUGGGCCAUCCUCAUUCUGCGUAUGGCCGUCCGCUUCCUGAGCAGCGAUGAAAAGGUGGAGGACGAGAGGAGCGAUAAAGAAGAGACAGACGAGUCAGGGGAGGAAGAGGAAGGGGUGGAGAAGAAAGGCGCGGUGCAGAAUGGUCACGCCGCUCACCACAACCACCGCAAGACGGAGUAAUGAAAACGUGUGCCAGGAAGUAAGAGUGUGAAGAAUUCACAUCCCUCACUCAGCAGAGUGGGAGAGAUGGAGGGAAGAGGAAAGGGAGAGAGUGGUAGGGAAAAUGGAUGAAGGAGAAGGAAAGGCAUUCCUAAAGCCUGAGAACUACAGGUAGACCUGUACCUGUGGUUAGAUACACUGUACUACAGUAUAAACACUCAGUCACACACACAAUUUUGGAUAUACUACAUUAAUUGGCAUGGACCUGUUAUUAUAGUCCAUUAAUAACACACACACACACACACACACGGGUAAAUCUCACGAAACUGUAAAAAAAAAAAAAAAAAAAACAUUUUGUCAUUUUUCACGAAAUGUCCUCUUAAAUUACUGAGAUUAGGAUCUAUACGUAUCCAUUUCAUAAUUAUUAUUAGUUUUUUUUAUCAGAUAUUAUGCAUUCUACCAACAUUUUCACCAAAUUCUCAUUUGUUUUCGAAGUCCAAAAAAGUUAUAAAUCAAUAUAUAUAAUAUUUUUUAACAUUGCUCCCCUAAUGAAAAUGCCUGAGUUAAACAUAACACUGAAAAUACAAAUAUUUUUAAAUGACAAUUAUUAUAACAUUAAAAUCAGACUUUUUCCCAAUUUGAGCUCUUUAGCUUUUUUUCUAAGGACUACUCUAGAUGAUGCAUCAUGGGUAAAGAAAUGUUUAUUUAAAAUCUGGAGUUUUAUAGGUACUUGAAAAAAAUGGUAAUGAGACAUAUCCACAGACACUGCUUGUAUGUAAUAAAUAUUAUAGUUUAAUGUAAACUUCAAGUAGUAUACCAUUUUUAUAAUUUAUGGACAAACUACAGCAACGUAUUUUGUUUUAUUUAAAUAAGUUAGGUUUUUCUAAAGAUGUAUUUUUAUAACAUUACCAUGAAUUUAAUCAGGAUGCAUUUCAGUAAUGAAAAUGUUUUUUGUUUUUUUAUAAUUCAAGACACUUUCCCCAAAAACUAGACAUCUUAGUCCUCAGGAUGUCUAAAACUAGACAUCUUAGUCCUCAGAAUGUCUAAAACUAGACAUCUUAGUCCUCAGAAUGAUAGUUGAUUUUUGCAGAUGCAUCAUAGUUUUGUAACUCAAUUUGUUCCAGACAUUUUAAAACUGGUUUCAUGAGAAUACCCCCCCCCACACACACAAGUUAAGGAAUAGCACUGGGAACGUCAGUGUGAUUUCAGUCCCUCUAAAAGAGUGUUCAAAAGGAUGUGAAAGGAAGAGAGGACAGAAUGAUGAGAAUGAAGGGAAGAAGAGAAGGGGAGAAAGUGUGAUGCAGCUUCUACUAUGGCUCUUCUUACUGUACUCAUGUGCCUUACAGCCAGACUAUGGUGCUUUUACCUUAUUCUUUUAUUUUUCACUUACCUUGUUGUUGCUUUAAACAUGUUUUGUCCAUGUGCCUUUAUGUCCAAUACUCCAAUUGCCAUGAAAGACAGACUUUAGAAAAGAGACACAACAAGAUUUAACCUGACACACAAAUACACAAUCAUGUGAAUGUGUCCUUGUGUGAAUGUUGAUUUGGGGCUGACUUACAGAUUCGCCGGCCCUGGUUUUUAUGAUUCUAUGCAAUUAUGUUUUUUUCUGCUCAGCUCCUGUAGUGCAUCUGAAUGGGCGUUGUUUGAUGUUGUUUGGGACACCUCUAAGCUUGUAGAAGCCAUGCAGUAAGAUAGUGAGGGAGUCUGGUUGUCUCCCUCACUGGUAGCAUGGGUUUAAAUACUGCACUGUAUGGACCUUGAUUUGAGGGCCUGUUUAUAAACUGCUUUAUUGAAUGGUUAGUAAACAAUGUAAUAAUGUGAAUAACUGGUUCAUAAACUGUAAUAAUGUUUAACUGGAUAAUAAACGAUGUAAUCAUGUUUAUAAGCAGCUUAUAAGCAGUCCUUCAAACGAAGUGUUAAAUAGUUUUUUGGGUAUAUUGAGAUUCUGCUGAUUCUGAAUGAUGCUCUCCUUCCUCUGCUGAUGUCAUGUUUAUGUGCCAGUGGUAACGUUCUCUCUGUAGACACUCUCCUUUGACAUUGGAGAGGAAAAUACUUUUUAUCAAACAGUUUUAUCAUGUUUUCACUCUGUACGUGCGUGAAUAAUUCAGCAUAUCUUCUGAGUGUCAUUGACAUCUUACCAAGUUCACACAGGCAGAACUUUAUUUUCAGUAUAUUUCAAUAGUUUUUGCAAAAACAAAAAUUGCCAUUGUAAAUGUAAAGGCAAAAAACAACAACAGUCCAGCCAGUCAGGAUCCCAAAUAGAAUGUCAAUAAUUCAGAUUUUUUUUAAAGCAAUAUUUUAACUGUUUUCCAGUCUAGACCAGUUAAGACCAGUUGUGGUUUCAUUCCAGUGUGGUAUGACGCAUGUCAUCGACUAGAGAUGCAUUCAACUCCUCUAACGUUAAUGAAGCUCCCAACUCUUGAGCGCCCACCAACAAUCCAAUUCAUCAAGAAUGUUCGACAACAGGAGCGAACUGUUCUAUUCUAUUGAAAACACUUGAUUGUGUACUCUUUCUUCCAACAAUGACCUUGUAAGGACGAAGGUUUUCUGCAAAUGUUUGCAGAGUUGAACGCCAGUCUGGUUUGGUCCAGUCCAAUCUGUUUCUGGGCACAAUGAUCCAGUAGAAUCCUGACCCACACUGAUGAUAUCAUGCAUCAUGAUGGAUAUUCAUCGGGGGCCUGGGUUGGUUGGUCAGAACAGGACAUUUCUUCUCAGGAGACUGGAAAGGGCCAUUGUAAUUUAGGAUUUAUUUAGGGCAGAUUUUUUAGGCCAUACUGCCCCGGAUUAGAUUAUCCCGUGUGUGUGUGUGUGGUAUGUGUUUUGCUGUUAUUCUAGAGUGAUUUGAGGUAUGAUUCCUAUGAGAAACAGGUUUACAGUCAUGUUUCAUUUUUGACAUCAUUGUUUCAGAAAAGUUAGGAUUUUUCUUGAGUUUGGAUUUGAGCAAUUCAAUUGCUCAGUAAGCAAAAGUAUGAUACAUGGAAGUGUUGUAUUUUUAUCAUUAUAUAUUUUCAAUUGUUGUUGUAUGUUAAGUGCCUUAUCUGUAAUGUAUGGGAUAGCCUACCCUCUCACCUUUCUACCUUCUUCAGCUCCUCUCAUCCUCAUUCAUCCUUUCUCCCUCUUUCUUUUCCUUCUUAUUGUUCCAUAUGUCCCCCACUCCUUCUACUCAUCCAUCUCCUCCCUCAUUCUGAGAUCCUCCCCUCACAGCCUUUCACAUCCCCAUUCCAACCCUCGUUCAUUUGUACUAACCUUGACCAAUCUUCCUCUCUUCCCCCGCCGCUUUGGAAAAACAACAGUCACGUAAUUACAGUGUUAUUUUUGUGUCUUUAUUAUGACGCUUAAGUAUUAUCAUUAAUAAUAAAAACAACGAUCAUGAAUCACUAUGCCAAA